CAGGCACUAAGGAGAAGGCACACAACCUAUCUAAACAAAUUAUUUAGGCACAAUAUCUGCCACCAUUACAGUUAAAAGUGAGAAGUUGUGUGGCGAUGAUGGUGUUCUGACAUUUCAUCCAGUCAAACCCUGCAAGCUGAAUAUGAUGAUGAUAAAGAUGGCUACUGUCUCCACCAUCACUCUGCUCCUGCUCUGCUGCCUCAUCACCUCCACAGAUUCUCAGGCUAGCUGUGACCAGUAUGCAGCUACAGGCGGGGACUUGACUCUGAUUCUGUCCCACAAACUGCGCAAUUCAGAAACACUGAGAUGGAAGCACAAUGAUGUAACAGUCUUGGAUCGACGACCGAACAACACAUAUCUCACCGGGAGCAAAGAGGAUGUUUCUGAAAAUGGAUCGCUGAAGCUGAAAAGUCUGUCAAAAAACAAAACAGGGAGAUACACCCCCGAGGUUCAUUAUCAAAAUGGAGAAGCAAUACCGAAUUUGAAAAGCAUACAAUUAUGUAUACUGGACCCUGUCCAGAAGCCUAACCUGACGAUCAGCUGUUCCAAAAACACCCAUUUUACUUUAACCUGCAAUGUUAGUCAGCAGUCCAAGGAUAACAAAUUUAAAUGGUUUCAAAAUAACAAGGAGUUGAAGGAUAACAAAACUGCUCUGACACGAAAUGCUGAAACUGUGGAAAAAGAUUCCUUCAAAUGCGAAGUUUCCAACCUCGUCAGCAGUAAGACCAGUGACCCUGUUGUCCAACACUGCUAUACGCAGAAGUCUUUUUUAUAUGAAGAACUAUAUGGAAUUGAAAUCUGGGUUUUCAUUGCUGUCGGAGGAGGUGUUGUUGUACUGCUGAUGAUCAUCGUCAUUGUUUGCUGCAUCACAACCAGAAGGAGAAAACACUUGCAACUGAAGGACGAGGGGGAGCUUCGUUUGGCAUGGACCAAUGAGCAACAGCAACAACAUCAAUACGCUGCUGAUCAACAACAUCAACAACAUCAUCAUCAUCACCACCAUCCUCACCACCACCAGCAGCAGCCGGCCGGCCACACUGGUCCUCGCCAACAUCGCUCCAAGCAGCACCGCGACCAGCAGCGUCCCAGAGCCCCCGACCAUGGUCACCCUCUGCCCAGCCCCAGGAGAGCUGCGCAGCAGGCACCCAAACCGGUCGACAACGUUGAUGAUGAGCAGCCUCCUCCUCUGCCUCAGCCCAGGAAGAAAGCCCCCAAAACGCCAAGAGUGUAACACCCUGUGAGGAGUUUAGUUUCUGGGUUCACCUGCUCUUCUUCUAAUCAUCAUUUUUAAUCCUGUUUUGAAUCUCUCCUCCCUUCUUCUCAUCUUUUGAAGAUGAAUUCAACUCCGCCAGGAAAAGCACAUUAAAAACACUUCUCUCCUCUUUGGCCUCUCCUUGGCAUUAAGUAUCAUGAUUUCAUCAGGAUGUGGUGAAAAUCAAUUUAAACAAACUAACAGUUUUAUCAAGUAAAAACUAAACAAAAAGAUGCUUAUUAAACUCAAACUAUUAAUCUUAUUAAGCUUUCGUUUUAUUAUGACAUGAUGAGCAAACCUGGACUGCCCUACUUUGUAAAAUAUGUAAGUGAUUCAUUAUAAUCUUGAAAUCACUUUAACUAUUAAAUUGUUAAAUUACUUUAUUAUAUAUUUCAAAUAUUAUUAUUGUGAAGCAUCACUUCCAGAGACAACAAAACAUGCUAUUGCUGUUUCCUUUCCAUAUAAACAAACAUAAUGUCAAAUACACAGGAAGAGCACACUUUAAAGAUUAAAAACUAAAAAACAUACAACAACAACAACAAUAAGUGUACUUGUAUAACAUCACCUGCAAAAUGUUCUUACUUACAUAAAGACAAAUACAAGACCUCUAACCCAUAAUCUGCCUCACACUCUCGCAUUACAUUCGAUGGAUAUGACGCCUGCCUUUGGUGUGAGAGACCCGGGUUCAAUCCCCCACUGUGACCCAUCCACCAUUGUGUCCCUGAGCAAGACACUUAACCCUUCGUUGCUCCAGAGGCGUGUGACCUCUGACAUGUAUAGCAAUUGUAAGUCGCUUUGGAUAAAAGCGUCAACUAAAUGUAAUGUAAUAUAAAUGACAAGCUCAUUCCCACGCUAGGUAUUGGGACAUACUAAAUCUUUUUCUGGCAUACAAAAUAGUAUGGUUGUAUAGGAUUUCGAACACACAACUGGUAAUCACACCGUGAGUUAAAGGUAAAGGUAGCUUUGAAUUAACCCCUAAAUCCAGGGAGUACAUUUAGUUGUAUGAACUUUGUAUGAACAAGAAAACUUGUGUCAUGCCUGAUAUUGUGCCCGUUUUCCAAUGACAAAGUCCAAGGCCACUAUUCUGCAAGAAGUCUAUCUUAGCCUGACGCGUGUACACUUAUGUGUGUCGUAUACACACUCCAGCAGUACCCAAUGUACAUAAAAAUCCACAAGAGUCAAGAAAAGGUUUGAGAGUACCUUUUAAUCCAGAGUUUACUUAAGGCCCGGUCCAUUACUAGCGCAGUGUAGUCCACCAUAUUUAUUCAACCCUCUUUUGCAACACGGUCAAAAACCCGUUACGAUCCAUGGCUCUUGCAGAUUGUUCAUAUCCUCUCCCUUGUUACUUGUUUUUCAUUCUUUCAUGACUAGAUUUUCAGUUGUGGAAAAAGUGACAGUAGCACAAAUAAAUUAUUACAUUGAACACAAGUGAUUACCAUUCUCAUGGUGGUACUCUGAAUACGGCAGUUAGCUUAGCUUAUCAUAAAGACUGAAAACUGGGGGAAACCGUUAGUUUGGCUCUGUCUGAAGGUAACAGUCCAACUGCCAGCGCCUCUAAAGCUCACUAAUUAACUCAUUAUAUCUUGUUUGUAGAAUUUGUAGACAGACUAAAAUGUGAAAUCCACAUGUGGUGGUUUUACAGCAGGUCUAUGGUCAGGACAAGGUUCAUAUGUCACCCAGAGGUUUCAAAGCAACCAGCAGUCUUUGGAGGUGCUGGUACUUGAAUUUGGGUAGUUGUUUCCCUUCUUUCCUUCCCUUCUCAAAUUGUUACUUUAAACAAUAAUUUGUUUGGCAUUUAAUUUCACAAAAACCAAUUAUAUUUUACAGUUUUUUUGCUAUCUGCAAGGAAGUUUGCACAGCACAGUUGUGGAAAAUGGUAUAUUCCAUUAUGUAUUUCAAGGUUGCAUUUACAUUGUCCCAGACGGUUUGGUGCACUGCUUCAGUUUCAUUUAGAUUUAAUUUUAUUUCCAGACAGGCUGCAAAAAAAGAAUGUUAUAUGAAAUGUUUUUAUUGUAAGAAUCACUUACAGGGCAGCUUUUUAGUGUAAGUUUUACAACAAUACAAACUAUGCAGUUCUUUGUAAUAUCUUUUUUGAAUUUGUGUUGUGAAGUGAUGAAUAAAAGAAAUGUUUACGACUGUGAUAAAUCAAA